GUUUUAAACAGAUUGCACAGCGACAAGCCAAGGUACAGCAUGCAGAGUCCAGCGUCGGUGGCGUCGCCGCGCAGCAGCAGCUGGGCGCACCUCUCGUCUCCAGCGUCGUCGUCGUCGGAUGCGCCAUCGUCGGUCGUCAGCGAGGACAGCUGCGCCGGCGGCCACUGGACCCACGGACCGCCAACGCUGGACCCCACCUACUACUGCCUCGAGCCUCCUCCGAAUGCACGUACGCGCUACGAUACUCUGUUAGCGCAGAUGGAGGCCAUGUGCGCGCUCAAGGCGGCGGGCGCCUCGCGCGAGUCGCUUCUGCACGCUGCCCAUGCGAUGCUGGCGAGCACGCCUGCGCUGCGCAGAGCCGCGGCGCGCUUGCGACAAGGCGAGCAGCAGUGAAGUACUCCACGUGGCAUAAAGGUAAAACACGGAUCGAACGC